AAUGAAAAAAAUCCCAAUUUGCAGAUCAGAAAUGGGUAAAUAAAAAGAGGGGUUUUCUGAUUUAGAUGACGAAAGUUUGCCUGAAAGAGUGGAUUAUGGCUGAUGAUAAGGCGAUUAGAAAUGGUGGGUUUUGCUCAUAAAUUUCAGUUAAGAGGUUUUCAUAAUUGCAGUGUAGACAUGAAAUGGCUGAAGGCCCCAAAUCCAUAAAAAGCCCACCACUGGUCUAAAAAACAAUACAGAAAAUAGAAGGCAAGGGGAAAAUACAGAAGAGAGAAGACAAGAAAGGAGGGGGAUUGGGGGAGGGGUGAGGAACAACAAUGUCAGAUUUGUAGUUUGUUUAGUGUGUUUUUAUUAUCCCCAUGCUAGAUCGCAUAAGAAAAAGGAAAAAGGAGAAAAGAAAAGAAAAGAAAAGAAAAGAAGCACAGAGAAGAAGAAACUAACCCGGCUCGAUCCUCUGUUGAAAAGCUUCCAAAAAAACCUUCAUUGAUUCCAAUCGGCUGGGCACUCCCUCUCUUUUUGAUCACUCUGAUCUCAGACCAAACGCUGCCACUUUCUUAACCAUUAUGUGCUUUUACAGCUCAGUCUGUUCCUGGAAGAUGACACAGAUGCAAGGGCCAAACCCAUAAAUCCCAGAUUCAAGGGGGGUUCGUGGUAUCAGGAAUAACGGUUGUGAGUGUUGAGUAUAAACAAAACUUGGAGCUGAGAUUUGGUCUUGGUCAUGUUCUUGAUCUGGGAUGAUGAAUUUUUUGAUUGCUGGCUCAUUUGGAUGAUACACAUGAAACAGAAACUUCUGUAAUUUUGUGUCCAGUGACUUGCCUUUUAGAAAAAAUGGUUAAACCCUGCUGGAAAUCCCAUGAUGAUGAUGAUUCAAACGGACGAGUCGAUGGAUUGUUGUGGUCUAAGGAUCUGGGGCACCAUGUUUAUGGACAAUUCUCCAUGGCAGUCAUCCAAGCUAAUAAUGUGGUGGAAGAUCAAAGCCAGCUUGAAUCUGGGGCAUUGAGUAUGUCCAAUCCAGGUCCACAGGGGACCUUCGUCGGAGUUUAUGACGGUCAUGGUGGAACUGAAGCUUCGCGGUUCGUCAAUGACAAUCUCUUCAGCAAUCUCAAAAGAUAUGCAUCUUUGCACCAGAACAUAUCAGAAAACGUUAUCAGGAAGGCUUUUGCAGCAACAGAAGAGGGAUUUCUCUCUCUCGUCCAGAAACAGUGGCUUAAUGAACCAAAGAUUGCAUCUGCUGGAUCAUGUUGUUUGGUGGGGAUCAUAUGCAACGGACAGCUGUAUAUUGCCAAUGCAGGUGAUUCGCGAGUAGUGCUCGGGAGAACUGAGCGAGCCACUAAAGAAAUCAUUGCCAUUCAAUUGUCCACAGAGCACAAUGCGGGCAUAGAAUCAGUGAGAGAUGAACUUCGGAUGGUCCAUCCAGAAGAUCCUCAGAUUGUGAUCCUAAAACACAAUGUUUGGCGUGUUAAAGGUAUCAUACAGGUUUCAAGAUCCAUUGGCGAUGCAUAUUUGAAAAAGGCAAAGUUCAACAGACCUCCUCUGCCGCCUAAAUUUCAACUGCCUGAGCCAUUUUACGUACCAAUCCUCAGUGCAGAACCAUCAAUUCUGGUGCACAAACUCCGCCCAGAUGAUCAAUAUCUCAUAUUUGCUUCUGAUGGCCUGUGGGAGCACCUUAGCAACCAGAAGGCUGUUGACAUCGUCAACAGCUAUUCUCGAAAUGGAAUAGCAAGGAGACUUGUCAAGGCUGCACUUCGAGAAGCAGCUAAAAAAAGAGAGAUGAGAUAUUCAGACCUGAAAAAGAUAGAUAGAGGUGUGAGAAGGCAUUUUCACGAUGACAUUUCUGUUGUAGUUGUGUUCUUAGAUCCUCAUUUGAUCAAUGGUAGGCCCUCCCCUUGUUCCUUGUCAAUCAGAGGAGGUCUCCCUUCGUCUGAAAAUUCCUAGCUGGUAAACUUUGUUAACGUCUUUAUAUCAUUCUCAAUUUAUUGACAAAAAUAGCUAGAAAAUUCAGGCUUCUUAGAAAGAUCUAUUAAUUUGUAAGAUCUUCUAUUGGCAAGUAAAAUAGAAGAUGAUGGAUGUAAAUGUACAAAGUUCGUAAAUUGUUUCUUCAUGUAACAAAAUGAAACUACAUCGUUCAUCUUUGUAAAUCUUGUUUUUCCACAUUGUCUAGUUCUUUACUAUCAACAUGUAAUAUUCUCUCGUUUUGAGAGUUGGUGUAUAGAUUGGCAGGCAUACAAAUGCUGAUA